GACGUUCUUAUACAAAUUAAAAUAUGUAAAAGAGGUAGAUGGCAAUCAAAUUAAAUGGGAAAAGUAAGUAAUUAAAUAUAAAAGGAAUCUAUACCUAAUGAAUAAACAAUAAUAUAACCAUGUCGUUCACUUUUCUUUGUCAUAAUGUAUGUACAAAUUUAUUUCAAUAAGAAAAAUAUUAAAGUUUGAGGACUGAGAACCUUGCAUGUGAACUGAACAACUACAAGUAUAAGAUUUGUUUUUAUCUAAUACAUUAUUAAAUUAUUACAUUUAAUCGCAUAUCUGCUGAGUGGUCAUCACAGCAACGUGGUUGAAGCUAGCGCCAAAAGAUGGUCAUCAAACGUAGUCAUUCUCGCUUAUAGCAGAAUACUACUUUCUUACCAUUGAGGUUAAAAUGUCUGACAUGUUGGCCUUAAAAGAAUCAGUUCUGAUUUAUUUAGACAGAAGCGGUGGCCUCCAGAAACUGGCCGAAGAUUGUAAACCAUUAAACGAAACCCACCAGAUUGAGGCAGUCUAUAGGUUUUGUAUCAGUGUGAAUCCUUCUGAUGUGAUAGAGGUGGAUCCUGUACUGGGUGACCGUGUCCUGUGUGAUCCUCUAGGAGCCACAGCUUUGUUUCAGUCUGUAUGCUUCCUGGCCAUAAAGACACUUUCACUUGUUGAAAAAAUACACACGGAGAGUCAGGUGAAUGUGAUUCUGAAGUUGACACAUCUGCCUCCAUUCCCCGAGUACACGUUGGACCUUUGUAGUUUUCCUCGUGGUCACGGGCCCAUGAGGCCUGUCUCCAUGGAGGGCCUGGCCAUCGCCAUGACCAGGGUCACGAAAUACACCCAGGGGGCCAGGUUCCUCUGCAUCAAUGAUGAAUGUCCGUGCUCUACAGGGUUUCACCACAUUCGCGUCCAUGCACCUGGAGCCACAGAGUCGGCCACCAUGAGAAACGACUUCAGCUGCAUGAUGUGCAGCUCCCCACUGAAAGAGGACGUGAAGUUCAGAGUGUUGGGAGACAAGCAGCUUGUGGAGCUGAUCCACAUCAAAGCGCUGGAUGCUCUAAGUGCCCAUCAGCAAAGCUCACUCAGGUACCAGUCCGUCACCCUGUUUCUCAGAGAUGAGCUGUGCAAUUCAAUGAGAAUCGGUCGGCUCUACCGGGUGUUGGGCAUUCCUGCGCAUGUGCAGCAGUGCAGCGGCAUCACCUGGAGUGUAGAGGCGAACAGCGUCCAACCAUGGGAGCCAGAGUAUCCCCAUAAAGUCAGCACCAGCUUCCAGGAGCUGUUGAAGGCCACGGCCGGUUUUCGCUGGAGGUUCUCUGCCGUCGUGGCUCACUGCUUCGGGUUGGACGUGGCUCCUCCGGGCCUCUACAACACCCUGAAGCUGAGCUUGUUGCUCAGCUUGGUGCAGAACAGAGCGGACGCAAAAGACACGUUUCACAAUUUGGACCUGCUAGCUGUCACCGCUGACACUCUCAUACUAGACAGACUAAUGACAUACAGCCUGAGCUUGGCGCGUCACGGGGUCAGGCACCAGGCCUCGGGGGAGAUGUUUGCAUCUCUGUCCCGGGACGAACACGGAGCGGGCACUGCUAACAUCCAUGCCGGCUCCGCCCUGCUAGCCACGGGUGGCAUUUGCAUGCUGGGAGAUCUGGGCUGUUACAAAAAGGAAAGGUUGGAUGCCAUUCAGUCAGUUCUGGAGAGCUGCACAGUGUCCGUGUUCAUCCCAGGGAAGAAGUACGGGGAGGAUGCUGACCAGCAGCUUUCCUUUCCAGUCCACUGCAGCUUCUGGGCCCUCACAGACUCCACGGACGCCCCUCGGCGGUCUGGGAGGGCAGACUGCGCCAUACUGGGAACAGCAGAAAUGGGUCCCGUACCAGUUCAGUUGGCAGAUGCCUUCGGCCUGGUCAUUCAGUGCAGGGAUGUGGGGGGAGAGCAGGCCCUGCUGGCCCAGACCGUCCACACCCUCCAGCAGGCGGUGCAGCCGGGGAAACCCCUCUACCCGUCCUGCUGGGAGUUUUCUUCUCAGGACUACCAAGAGCUGGUGGCUCAUGCACAGAGCGUGCAGGUGGAGCUCAGCCCCGGAGCAGAGAAAAUAAUCCACGGUUACUACAUGGCCAGCCGUAGAGUCCGAACACAGAGCGUCAAGAUGUCUGUGGCCUCUGUCAAACUGCUGAUCUCAUUGGCUGAGGCUCACUGCAAGUUAUGUCUGAGGACACAAGUCCUGGAAGAGGACGCUGCGAUUGCUGUGCUCCUCUGUGAAAACUCAGUCACUCUCAAGCAUGGAGCCUCGGCGCUUGUUGUUCCACCCGACGCAGUAUUUCCUGGUGACCUGGGAGACGUGGAGGGUUUGCAGAGGAGAGACGAGACCCUGGAUGAGCUCCACCAGAACAUCCUACGCUUCAUCUACACCUACGCACCAGGAGCAGGCGCAUACAUCACAGAGGAAUAAGACUUCUCAAAGACUAACAAUACAGGUAGGCAGCACAAGAUUAUACCAACCAAUUGAUGAAAUAGCAUUUAUUUUCAUUCCUUCAUAGCUGUAGACUGAAUCAAUACAGGCAUACACAGCCACCUUGAAUUGAAUGCAAAUUUUAUACACUGUAAAAAAAGAGAUAUGCAGGGAAACAAACUUAAAAAGAUCAAGUCAAGCCAUCUUUCUUAAAGAAGUUUUAUUAAUUAAAAAAAUAUGGCAAAUAACUUUCUUCCAACUGAUCCAGCAACUCUUUAUUUAACCGUCUGGCACGAGAACUGGCCCCAUUACCCUGCAAAGAAAGAAAAUGUGUAAUUAGUACAAGUGAUAGUGAUUUGUGGCAUCACAACUUUGUCUUUUAGUUCAGUCAAAUUCAGAUCAUUGGGAAGACCGACUAAAACUGAGGCUGCAGCUGGUAAUUCAGUAGACACAAUCUCACCAUUCUAUUGUCUGAUGGGUAAACGGCAAAUGUUCUCUCAUCACUAUUCCAGCUGCAGGCGUUGCCAAUACUCAAUGUUUAGAAAAUCAUUUGAGACUUGGCACAGCCAUGUCUGACUUUUGCCAGUUAGUUUAGGAAACUUAAAAAAUAACCAGGUUUUUCAAUAACGUAUUUACACUACAACAAUGUUGUCGCAGUGGCAUAAACACAACACGACUGCUGUAGCAAGAACUCACCUGAUCAGCACAGAAUUAAAUCAGGUUCAUCUCCUGUGACCACAGCAUGACUUCUGAAGCAGCUGAAGGGAAAAAGAAACAGGACCUAAAUAUAAGUACAUGCCACUAUCCACAUCAAAUUCACUUCAAAAUAGUCCCAACUUAUUAUACUGGGUUUUCAGUUAGUCACAGUUUCACCAUCUUAUUGUCUGAUGGGUAAACGGCAAAUGUGUCAAGUCAUCACUAUUCCAGCAGCAGGACUGACCUAUACCAUUAACACCACAACCAAGAAUUACCAAGCUUACCUUACGGUCCACUUGGAGCAGACUUGCCAUCUUCUAUGAUAUCUGCUGCGAUGAUCUAUGAUAAAGAAAAGCCAUACAUGUCAGAAAGUUGCAUAUACGGUCUGUUAUAGUUGAUGUUCAUGACAAUAUUUGUCAAGUCUGUCACAGUAACUUAACCAGACCUCACCAAUAAUUACUCUAGGGAGCGCACCAUUGAUUUCCAGCUUGCAUGAGUAAGAUGUACUGAAGAAAUAGUCGAUACAUCGAGGAGAGAUGACUGAUCACCCGAAGGUCAAAGGGCGCCUGGCUAACACAGCUUGUGAGCAUGGCUAACGUCCUCCGGGUUCAACAGCAGGUCAGGACCUCUGCCAUGACUUUAGGUCCUCAGGGGGAUCCAUGAGGACUUUCCCCAGGGAGUUAAUGGGAAGAGGGCAAGUCCCUGACCAGCCAUAUAUGGUCAGGGCUGUAAAAAGCUUGAGUGACACUGAGGGCCGUUCUCUCUUUGCAAUUGUCUGAAGGAAUGAUUAAUUGUAUUACUUUAGAGAGGAGAGCAGUCUCUACCUAGACCUCGAAACUGGUUUCUUAGUAGCGUUGGGUAUGACUGUAAAUUACAUUUCCAACGUAUUUAAGUCACUGAUUAGUUAGUUUAAUUGCUGCAGGACUUACCUACACAUACCGUUAGGGUAAGAAACGUUUUACAUGAUGUAUGCCAAUUACACACGUGUGAAAUUAACUGCAGCACAGCAGGCCCUGCACACGUCGACAUCCAAAUCCACGUGUUACAGUUCACCGCUACGCUGCGAGACUAAAUAGAACAAAUGAACUUGCAAUGUCAAACUCGUAUUAGUAUUGGAGCAAUAUUAUGCAACUUAAUCGUAAAUUUGGUUUGUGCAACGAUGACGACUCCUAUGAGUCAACUGUUGAGCUGCGCGGUUUUCUCACACGUGGCCGAGCCAUGAGCUAGCUAGCUGUUAGCUAACAAGCAAUGGUCGGUUAACAGCUACUUGCGAAUCCGUUUCUACGACAUGCAAUUAACACAGCUGUGGACACUCAUCUUAAAGUCAUCUUAUCACUGCCUUACCUUCGCAAUGAAGAUGAAACCUGCCGCAGUCGUCUUAGUUUGCAGACGUGAAGCGGCGCGGAGCUGCUGUCUGCUCAUGGUUGUGUCGUGAAGGGAAGAGGUGGGACUUCCGGAUCCGGCUUCUGUUAAACGCGCCUCGUAGGUCAUGUGACUCAGUGCACAGCUGAGCAAUGAUUAUGAUGCAGCACCAGCCACUUCAUAUUUAGUUGUCGCUCAUAUUUAAGAUGCAUUUACAUUAUCUGACAUAGAGGCACCAGGUUUGCGACGAAUCACGGUGCGCAAAUUCAGAUUUUUUAUUUUCUUCAGCUCCGCAGAUAAAACAGACACUAGUGGUCUCUAUACAUAAUAAUUUGUAUAUCCAACUGGCUAGAAAUACCAGUUUGUUUCCUCUUAAAGAUGUUGUGAUCAAUAUUUUAAGAAGCUGCAACUUAAAAUCAACAAGUCAAAGUUAAGCAAACGUCCCCUGAGUGUCAAAAAGAGAACUUAAUAUCACCUUUACUUGGCCUGAAAUGAUAAAUUGUUAAAACUUUAAAUGUGAAGAGGCUAAUAUACUUAAUAUUUACGCCUUUAAUCUGUACAAAUAAAUGUAAUUAUUGUUUGCUUUCUUAAACGGCGACACUAUAAACACAGCUGAAACUACCGUAUGUACAGUAGCUAUAUAUUUAUUAUCGUUUCGGCUCUCUAAAGUCAGACGUACUCAGCCAAAAGGCCUGCUGCAGAUUCAGUCAGGUGCAGUCAUUUUGCUGCAAAUAAUUCAAUUCUUUACUCAUCCUUGAAUUCAAGCGAGCAGCUGUAUUUGAUUGACUAUUGUCACAUAAGUAGAGCAGCUUUUCGAUCACAAGAACAACCUUAAAUUGCCAGGAAAUACCUGAAUAACACGGCAUAAUAAUAAUAAAUAUAAAUGAACAAAUUAUGCCACGAGAACAUCUAUGUGGACUUUCAAUAAUAUAUAUUUUUUUCCUAGCGACCAAAACACAUUUUCUAUAAUCGGCAACACUUUAGCAGACUGGUCGUCUUUCACUUAAGUCAUUUAUUCACAAACACAUUUACAACCAUGCAUGUAAAAAUAAGAAGGAAGACGAGACGGAGAGCCUCCAUUGUCGACUCCCUGACAGACCACUUCACAUGACAGAUGUUAAGUUAUUCACGCAUGCAUUUAGUGCAAAUGUUUCGACUGAAAGUGCACACCUCAAGCAUGACGGGCUCGUUACCCCGUGGAAAUAUCAUACCUGCGACAUGUGCGGAACUGCACGGCGCUAGGCCAAAGAGGAUUAGUCAAAAUAACAACAAACAUAAUGUAUGCUUUCUCAAAAUUUAUACAAUACAAUUCACGUAAUAAAUUAAUUUACAAUGUUUUUUUUCCUAUUUGUAGGGCUUUAGUGGAAGUGAAAUCAGAUCUACAGCCAUGAUGCCAGAGUAAACAGCAUGGACUCGUGCCAAUAUGAAAUGCUUUCAUACUAAUUAUUUAAGCCGAGCAUGGGAGGUGGACGAUGAUGGGCCUUGGUUCUCGGACUCUGAAGGAUUUGUGAUGUUGAGGAACUGUCCGCUCGCUCCGACGUACAGUCUGGAUCGCAUGGGCCAUUUCUGUAAAGACAUUUCAUUUGUUAGUAUAAAGGCCCAAAUCCCCCUCUGAAAUAAGAGAAGUUCAGAGGAUGAUGUUGCAUCCUUUGAAAUUGUCUUACAUCAACUCGGUAACUUUAAAUCUUUUGCAUUAGAGCAGUGACAAUUUAAUAAAAUACUGAAUCAUAAUUGACAACAAUAACAGAUUAACAUAUAACAUAUCCCACCAUUAUUAUUAUUAUGACUAUUAUUAUGAUUAUUGUUACUGACCUUCACUGGGUGCAGGUAGCCAUCACCUUUCAAAGAGUGUAACGCGUCUGUUUUUUUUGUGUUCUCUCCCUCCUCGCCUUCCUCUUGUAGUGUUCGAGUCAAAUGGGCAAUGUAGGUGGUGGCCAGUAUCAACACGUCGAGUUUGGACAGCUUGGUGUCCGGCGGCACGGACGGCAAAGUCCUUUGUAGCUCCAGGAACGCGCUUCUCAGGGUUUGCACCCGGCUCCUCUCCCGCGCCGCGUUCGCCGCCGCCGGGCGUCCCCUGCCGCCGAGCCCGCCGGUCUGGAGCCCCCUGGCCCGCUGGAGUUCCCGACGAGGACCGUCCGGACUGGGACUGGAGCUCGGACUGGAUGGGGGGCUGUCGUCCACCACCGCCGCCCCGGAGCAACUGCCGCCGUCCAUUCGGAGCGUCUGUCUUCCAGUCAUCGGGGUGCACUUCACAGACCUGAAGAAUUACAUCAGAAAACAUCGUCACUUCUAGUUCUUGAACCUGACCGUUACGUUUUAUUGAGAUCAAGUUAUGAUUAACAAAACGACUUAUUUAUUAUUAUUGUCGUCUAUACAGCAUCCUCUGUUCUCCUACUUCUAAGAUAAGUUAUUGCCUUUGUAUUUAUUUAUUAAACCAUAACUUAAGUUGUCUUGUGCAGUCAAUUAUUAAAAAUUUCUGCUGUCAAAUUGCAUGUUCCUUCCACUUCAACAGGCAUUAUUUAAGCUCAUCCUCUAACAAGCACAACUUGAAAAAGCAAAAUGACAGAACACACAGCUGCCUAAAGUUGCACUAAACACAUUAGAAUUUGCGCUCAUUCAGUGACAUACGGACAUCUGUCCGGUGUACAAACACAUUUGCGCAGUUUCUGACAUGGAGUUUACCUCUGGUAUCUUUCAAAGGCGCUGUUUUGAAAAACGACAUGAAGGCAAUCCGAAGAGGGCUUCGAUAGGACAGAGGUUUUGCUCUUCAGUCUAGAAUAAUUCACGUCU